UUCAUUGAUACAACAUACAUACAUUAAUACGAAUAUAUUUUAAUUAUGUCAUCGAAUAAAAAACUUAAAAUUGAAAAGAGUUUAUUGAACACCCUAUAUUUGGCAGAAAUUAUAUGUCAGCAUCGUCUUGCGUGGGGUAUGGCAAGUUCAUGUUUUAGCAAUGUGGAUGAAUAUGGUUUUGAAAGACCUCAUGAUUUUGACUAUGAAACUUAUGAAGAUUUUAUGUCAGAAUAUCUCAAAGUACUUGCUAAAAGAGCAAAAAAAUGGUCUGAAAUCAUUGGAGAAGGAAAAUCACUACAACGAAAUAUUACAAUAAAAAGAUAUGUUCGUAAAGGUAUACCAGGAGAACAUAGAGGAUUAGUAUGGUUGUCUGUUAGUGGAGGAGAAGAAUUAAAAAAUGUAGAUUCUGAUCUUUAUCAAAGGCUAUUACAACCUCCACAUAAUAAACAAGUUGCAGAUGUCAUAAAAACUGAUUUACCACGAACUUUUCCUGAUAAUAUAUUUUUUAAUAACACAGAAAAUCAACAAUAUCAAUUAUAUAAUAUUUUAUUAGCAUUUGCUCAUCAAAAUAAAACAGUAGGAUAUUGUCAGGGCUUAAAUUAUAUAGCAGGUUUAUUACUACUUGUUACAAAAAGUGAAGAAACAGCAUUUUGGUUAUUAAAGAUUUUAAUAGAAAAAAUUUUACCUGAUUAUUAUACACCAACAAUGGAUGGCCUACUUACAGAUAUUGAUGUUCUUGCAGAAUUAGUCAAAAUAAAAAUGCCAGAUAUUUAUCAACAUGUAACAAAUAUAGGUUUACCUUGGGCAGUUAUUACAACGAAGUGGUUUGUGUGCUUAUUUGCAGAAGUAUUACCAAUUGAGACUACGCUGCGUAUAUGGGAUUGUCUUUUUUAUGAAGGCAGUAAAAUUAUAUUUCGUGUUGCAUUAACCCUGAUAAAAAGGAAUAAAUGCAACUUGCUUGCUUGUCAAGAUUUUACAACAUUAGCAGAAUGCUUUAAAGAAAUAACAAAAGAUAGUAUUGUUUUAAAAUGUCAUGAUUUUAUGCAGAGUAUAUUUAAAGUACCUGGAUCACUGCCUGGUAGCACAAUUAUAAAACUAAGAACAAAAAUAUCACGACAACGUGCGGAACAAAAAGAAAAUAAAUUAGGACGAUAAUACUAAUAAUGAGAUUUUAUCUAUUGAAAGAUUCUAGUCAAUAUAUUAUUUUAUUUGUAAUUCCUACAAAAACGAAUGUACUAUAUAAGAUUAUAAUGUUACAUCUACAGUAUUUCUUUCUGUAAAUAUAAAUUUAGUAUAAAAGUAAAAAAUUACACAUCAAUAA